UGAUGAGCCAAGCAGAGAGAUCAGCCUCCAUAAUUAAUACUACGUUUGUUCGUCCUGCAGCUUUUUACAUCAAUGGCUUCACCGACAUCCCUCAUGCUCAGUAUUACUACGUGUUCCUGUGCUUCGUCUACAUCAUGACUGUUGUUGGGAACGGUUUUCUGAUGUCUGUGAUUUACCUGGUGAAGACUCUUCAUUCUGCUAAAUACAUGAUUGUGUUCAGCCUGGCUUUAACAGAUCUGUGUGGCAGCACUGCUCUCAUCCCUAAAGUCCUGGACACGUUCUUGUUUGACAGGAGAUACAUUGUCUAUGAGGCUUGUUUGAGUUACAUGUUCUUUGUGUGGUUCUUUGCCUUUGUACAGUCGUGGACACUUGUCACUAUGGCCUAUGAUAGGUUUGUAGCCAUUUGCUUUCCUCUGAGGUACCACAGUAUUGUAACCAAACCAGCUGUUGCUGUGAUGCUGCUUUGUGUUUGGGCUUUUUCUCUGAGUCUUUUCGCAGCAGCUGUUGGUCUCAUCGACCGUCUGUCCUUCUGUGGGUCUUUGGUGGUACAAAGCUUUUUCUGUGACCAUGGACCUGUAUAUUAUCUGGCCUGUAGUGACACAACUUUAAACACCAUUAUUGCAAGAUUUUUCAUAGUUAUAAUCAUAUGCGUUCCUUUAGUAUUGAUAGCGUUAACAUACGUCUGCAUUGCUGUCGCUCUGAGCAGGAUCGCAUCUGGAGCAGAACGACUCAAAGCUCUAAAAACGUGUACUUCUCAUAUUAUUCUUGUUGCUAUAUUUUUCCUACCACUACUGGGCACAAACCUAGCUGUUAUCAUGUCCUCUCUUCACCCUAAUACUAGGAUCAUCAACUCCACUUUGACUCACACUGUACCAGCUCUGCUCAACCCCAUUAUCUACUCUUUAAAGACUGAAGAAGUGAUGAAGGCUAUCAGGAAACUUUGCAACACUAGCCUAAAAAUCAAAACCUUUGAUAAUAGCAUGAAAGGUAGAGGUACAGUGCACAAUGUCAAACCUCAAGUGUUAGUCUGACCCACAGCUUUUCACCAAAUUUAGGUUUUACAAACUAUGAUCACAGAGGCCUUGACAGCAUCCUCUUCCUUGGAGACUACAUGGGCCCAGCUGUUUUACAUUGAGAAUGUUG